AUGGAACAAGGAAGGACUGCAAAUGAAGUCGAGAAAUCGUUGAAAAACAGCAGGCUAUUGCAAACGAUAUUCUUGCGAGGGAAGAACGCUUCAAACUGCUCACAUCUAUCUAGCGAACUUAAACAGUUAGAGCCGGCUGUCCGCAAUCGUGAUGUAGGAAAUCAUCUACUAGGCGUAGAGGAUCUGCUCGGUAAACAUGAGCUGGUAGAGGCUCAGGUUAAUGCUCAAGGAACCUGGCUUACAAAUGUAUCCAACCAGGCUAACAUAUACAUUAGGAGCAAAGGAGAGCAGUAUGAUGUGCUACAGAGGAAACUUGAUGAUGUCACGGCGCAGUAUUACUCGUCUCACUUUCCUGAUUCUCACUGUCUUCAUUUAACUUGGUGGAUUCAAGCGCACGUCAGAGACGCGCUAAUCUUGAGAAAGCUCGUGCGCUUCACAAAUUCGUCCAGGAUAAUGAAGAAUAGCUGUCUUGGUUAGCUGAAAAAGAAUAUCUUUGCCGUCGUGUUCUAGCAGUCAGUUAGUAUUAUGUGUAUUGUGAUGGAAUGUAUUGUUGUUUUGUAUGUUUUUCGCUUUCUGUAACGUUAGG